AUGCCGAUCGAACCAAUAGCCAUCGUAGGUGCCUCGUGCCGGUUGCCAGGCAGUUCCAAUAGCCUCGACUCACUAUGGGAGUUGCUGGCUGAUGGAGGCGAGGCUUGGUCAUCCGUGCCAGCAGACCGCUUCAACGAGGCGGCUUUCCAUCAUCCCAAUGCCAGUGACCCCAACGGCACAAACAACCACCAGGGCGGUCACUUCAUCGACGGCGAUAUUCGCGACUUUGACCAUGCGUUUUUCCACCUCUCGCCGCAACAUGCGGCCGCCAUGGACCCCCAGCAGCGCAUUCUGCUCGAGCUGGUCUAUGAGGCGUUUGAGAGUGCCGGUUGGGCUCGCGAGGCCUGUGCUGGCUCUCGAACGGCCGUCUUCGCCGCCAUCUUUGGUACUGAUUACGACAGGAAUCUCUGCAAGGAUGUUCUCGACCUGCCCGUAUAUCAUAGUGUCGGCACAGGCAUUGCCAUCCUCGCCAACCGCAUUUCGCAUGCCUUUGACCUCCGUGGCCCGUCCCUGACUCUCGAUACGGGCUGCUCGGGCGGGCUCGUUGCGCUACACGAGGCGUGCCAAAGUUUGCGAAAUGGCGAGUCUGACGCGGCUCUGGUCGCUGCUGCCAACUUGCAACUCAUGCCUGAUCAUUAUAUUGGCAUGAGCAGUCAGCACAUGGUUAGCAGCACGGGGAGAUGCUACCCUUUCGACCUUCGCGGCGACGGUUAUGGCCGCGGUGAAGGGUUCGUUGUCGUGGCCUUGAAGCGCUUAAGUGAUGCCCUCAGAGACCAAGAUCCGAUCCGAUCCGUCAUCCUCAACAGCGGCAUAAACCAGGACGGCUACACAGCCUCGGGAAUUACGCAUCCUAACCGUGUCGCUCAAGCUGACCUCAUCCGCGACACCUACGACCGUCUCCAUCUCCACCCUCAAGACACCGCAUAUGUGGAAGCCCACGGCACCGGUACUGUCGCUGGGGACAGUGAGGAGCUGGCAGCCAUUGCGGAAGUCUUUGCGGGCCGGAAUCGAUCUCUUCCCCUGCAUGUCGGCUCUAACAAGGGAAGCAUCGGGCAUACCGAAAGCACCAGCGGUCUCGCUAGCCUCCUGAAGGCCAUUUUGAUGCUUGACCGCCAGGUAAUCCCCCCUGUGGCUGGCUUCACUACCCCUAAACCUGGGUUGCCGCUUGAUCGAAUCACAAUUCCGACACAGCGGCUUCCGUGGCCGCUCACAGAGGGCAUGGUCCCGCGCAUCUCGAUCAAUAGCUUUGGCUAUGGAGGAACCAAUGCCCAUGCCAUUGUCGAAAGGGGGCCGCGAACAUAUGAUGCAUCUUGUAGCACUACGUCGACAAACUCUCCCCGUCUCUUCGUCCUGUCGGCAAAUAACCAGGGCUCACUGAAGUCCUUGCUCGAGAGUUAUGUCAAUUGGAUCCAGCAACACCCAAAAAUACCCCUGGCUGAUAUAUCCUAUACCCUCUGCCACCGCCGUUCCGCACUUCCUUGGCGCUUCAGUUGCGUAGCAGACAACGAAUCCUCGCUCCUAGACACCUUGGAGCGAGGCGUCAACUUGACAUCGACCAGACCGCCUCCGUCCAAGAGACAAGUAAUAUACGUCUUCACCGGCCAAGGUGCGCAGUGGGCCGGAAUGGGCCAUGAGUUGCUGCUCGAAACAACGCCCUCUUCGGUAUUCCGUGACUCUAUCCGCAUCUCGCGGGAUAUACUCUACGAGCUCGGCGCAACCUGGGACCUUGAGGCUGAACUUCUUGCUCAAGACGGCGGCGGCCGCAUCAACAAGGCUGAACUAGCACAACCGGCCACUACCGCGGUACAGAUUGGUAUCGUGAUGCUGCUCCGUUCCCAAGGCGUGCGGCCCUGGGCCGUAGUAGGCCACUCCAGUGGCGAAAUUGCAGCUGCGUAUGCCGCUGGCCGGCUCUCACAUCACAUGGCACUCCGCGUUGCAUUCCAUCGUGGCCUCAUGCCCGGCGUGUCCAAAGAUCGCGGCCUCCCCCCUGGUGCAAUGCUCUCCAUCGGACUAGGCCAGGGCGAUGCCGCUCCAUAUCUCCAUGACUUGACCCACGGCGAGGCAGCCAUCUCAUGCAUCAACAGCCCCAAUAGCGUUACUGUGUCUGGUGACGCUGCCGCCGUUGAUGAGGUAAUGGCACGAAUCAUAGCCCGCGGUGAUGGCACCUUCUGCCGCAAACUACGUGUCGACACAGCCUACCAUAGCCAUCAUAUGCGCGCUAUAGCUGAUGAAUACCGAACAAGACUAGGUGAUCUGGAUCUUGGCAUUGAUGAGCCUAUCUCGCCACCAGGUGGCCUACGUGGCAACGAAGAAGUGAAAUACUUCUCCUCAAUUAGCGGACUGUCUUGGGUGUCGGAUUUUGCCGCAUCCUACUGGGUUGACAACCUCAUAUCCCCCGUGCGUUUCUCUGAUGCCAUACAGACUCUCGCACGAGAGCAUCACAAACACAAUGGAGGCCUCGCUCUUUUUGUCGAGAUUGGUCCGCACGCCGCUCUGGCCGGCCCUAUCCGCCAAUGCCUUGCAGCCUCCAAUGUGCCCAAGCUUGAGUAUAAUUACUUGUCAGCACUGAAGCGAGGGACUGGGGCCGUUGAAACUAUGCUGCAGGUUGUUGGCCACCUCUUUGAGCGUGGUGUCAGAGUCAACUUUGAUGAGAUCACUGCAUUAACGCCUGGAUUCCACACCGCUGCCGUCCGGCCGGACCUACCAUCGUACUGCUGGGAUUACUCGAGCAAACACUGGCACGAGUCGCGACUAAGCCGUGAGUACCGCAUGCGCCGCGAGCCGUAUCAUCAUCUGUUGGGAGUGCGUAUGACCGAGUUGGCGUCCAUGGAGCCGCGAUGGCGACACAUGGUAGGCUUGGCUACCCUACCGUGGCUGGCUCAUCAUAUCAUCGACGGCUUAAUCAUCUUCCCAGGAGCGUGCUACGUUUGCAUGGUUGUUGAGGCUGUGAGGCAACUUGCAAAAGAGCAAUAUUCUGAACAGGCGCUCGAGGCUGUCUCUCUACGCGACGUCUCGUUCCUCCGAGCCCUGGUAGUUCCGGACGCUCCGUCACGCGUGGAAAUGCAACUAAGUCUCAAGCAUCGAGCAGACGCAUCUCCUCUUAGCUUUACUUUCUCCGUCACGGCUCUGUCCGACGGCAAAUGGCAUGUGUUUUGUACGGGAGUUGUGGAAGGUGUCAUGGCUCUUGACAAGCCAGAGACAGAAUCUGUGAUGCUUGACCCCCACCCCAAGCAGGACUGGUUAAACGGAAUUGUGGUGAUCCCUGAGGAGCUUUACAAUGAGAUGGCCGCGGAUGGUAACACGUAUGGGCCAUCAUUCAGGGGCCUACGCUCCCUAACAACGUCGACGGAUGGCUUAAGGGCGACCGCAGUAAUCGAGGUCCCUGACAUUGCCGCCAGUAUGCCAGCACAAUACCAGGCGUCCCAUAUUCUACACCCAACAACUCUAGACAGCAUGUUUCAUGUGGGUAUCCCAAUGAUGAAACGGUGGCAUGGUUCCGGAUCUGUUAUGCCUGUCCACAUCGGGGAGCUCUUGAUUUCAACCCAGACACCUGCACUAAACAGCCAGGGCUCCAAACUCGAGGUCUCAGCAAAGCUCACAUCCAGCCACUUCCGGGCAAGCAAUAUAGAUAUGACCGUAGUCUCAGGUGGCUUUCCGGUUAUUUAUGCUUCAGCAAUCGAGUCCCGGAGCUUGGCAUACCAUGCGGAUAGGGCCCAUGGCACACAAGACGAGCACGGCAUUUGUUACGAGCUGGCAUGGAGAUGUGAUUUGAACUUCCUACGCACCAGCGAUCUCACUAGAAAUUCAACUUUGGCUGAUCUAGUGUCUUUUAUAUGCUUCAAGACUGCAAAUCUGUCCAUUGCCGAGCUUGGGGAGAGCCCGGGGGUUCUGGCGCCGGCGUUCCUGGCCGCUGUUGGCGUACACAGAGGUACGGUGACCUCAUACGAUGUUGUAGAGAGGGGAAACAAGCCCAUUGAUGAGGGUUGCAAACGUUUGAUAGGGUACCCAAUUCGACGGAGAGCAUUGGAUCCAGACAACAGUCUUGAAUCUCAGGGCUUCGCACACAAUACGUAUGACGUGGUUCUGGUGUCCGAUCUUGGGUCUCUCUGUUACGUAUCGACUCUUGUAAAGAACGAUGGCGUAGUAGUUAUCGUGCUGAAACCGGGCUCGGAUGACAAUUGGCAGUCUACCCUUCGAAAAACUUGGCCUAGCCAUGAUGUCCAGCUAACUGUCGUGAAUUCUGUCAAUGGUAAUCGAAUUAUCCUUGCGCGAAAUGACAAGACAAAACAUUCGCAUUCGUCCUCGCGUGUCCAUAUUAUUACACACUCAGCCCUGAAGACGACACCAUCAUGGGCCACCGCACUGAUAGGCAAGCUGCAUGAGACGGGAUAUGAAAUUAGUUCUGGAAGUUGGAGCCAGGAUGUCAUACAGAGGAGUAGCGAUGCGAGAAACACAUGCAUCAUGGUAAUCGACGACCUGGCUCAGCCAAUUCUCUCCGACCGAGCCUGCUUCAACUCAGCCAUUACACUGCUCCGACAGGAUCACCGAAUUAUCUGGCUUAGCUUGGUCAGCCCAUCCUCAAUGCACCAGAUCACUGGCGUCGCGCGAACUGCGCAUGCUGAGAAUGAUAAUCUCCGUCUCACUGUAGUCCAUGCCGCCCUCGAAGCAAUUGGAAGUCCUGUAUUGGUCGAUUUACUCUGCCAUUGUCUGACUUAUGCUCCUACUCGAGACUCUCUUGCGCAUUGUGAACGGGAAUAUCGUGUCAGUCGGGAUGCUGCAGUGCUUGUCCCACGCCUACGACGCAGCGACUGCUUAAACCGCGCCAUCCGAGCUUCAGAGAAAGCCUCCGGGCCUAGCAGCAACAUUGAAACGGAACCAUAUCACUAUAUAAACUCUACGAGGCGCUUAGCUCUGGGCCCAGUCCAAAGCUCAAAAGGCGACGGCGACAUUGUUUUCAUCGACAGUCACACGGUGGAGUUGGCGGAAGGUCAAGUCGAGGUCGAGACGGAGGCGUUUGUGUUGUCCAAGUCUCAGAAUCUGACGAGUUAUCAACUAGGGGAGUACUCAGGUAUAGUGAGACGUGUAGGCAAAGGCGUACGAGAUUUCAGUCCAGGAGAUGCCGUGGUCGCGCUCACGCUCGAUGGAGUUGUCGGAGCCAACCAUGCCCGUGUUCCCUCCUCGCAUGUGAGUCGACGACCGGACAGUUUGUCACCCGCUGUUGCUGCCGCUCUCUUUCUUCCUACCAUAGCUGCCAGUUAUGCCAUUCAUCAUCUUGCCCAGAUUUCGAAAGGAAAAUCUAAAGUGCUCAUCCACGGCGUCCUGACCGAUAUUGGACGGGCGAGUGUAGCAGUUGCUCGAGUCCUUGGCGCAACCAUCACUGCAACAGCCAUCAGCCAACAAGAGGCCCUAGAAAUUACUCGACAGCUUAACAUUCAACUCGAAAACAUCAUCGUCAGCCGUCCUUCACUGCUGCGACCACGGUUGGACGAGCUUUUGCAGCUCGACGCCAUAAUUCGCAUCAGCGAGGAUUCUGUCCCUGCUGCCGCAUGGAGCUGCCUAAAACCCUUUGGACAGGUCGUUGUUUUCAACUCGUCUUCCUCCAUCGCGUUCCCUUCACCACCCCCUGAGAAUGCCACCAUACAUUAUUGCCACAUCACCAAUCUUGUUCAAGCGCAGCCUGACCGCUUGGCGGAUCUGGUAUCCCUAGCCACCCCAGCCCUACAACGAAUCCCGUUUAAAGGCAUAGACCUGUAUAUCCAAGAUGUCGCCCAGGUUCGUGAGGCCAUCCACCUGGUCAGACAGGGUGGAAAGGUCAUCCUGCAGGCGUCUCCAAGCUCUCUUGUGCGCACAGUCAUCUCCUCGAGCGUCAGCAUGGACUGGGAAGCAGCGGAUGCUUCUUAUGUUGUUGCAGGAGGUAUGGGAGAUCUCGGCAGGCGUCUUUUGUUGCUCAUGGCACGUCGUGGCGCUAUGCAUCUUGUCACACUUUCCCGACGAUCCAUUGAACCGGAAGACCACCGCUCGUUUCAGGAGCAGCUCAAGCUCGUCCAACCAGGCUGUCGUCUAUACUGUUUAGUGUGUGACAUCACUUCUGAAUCCAGCGUGCAAAAUGCAGCAGACACCCUUAUCCGAACUGGUGUCCCCCCUGUGCGAGGUGUCAUUCAGUCUGCAGUCACUCUUCACGAUCGCACCCUGGAGACCAUGACCUUCGAUGACUUCUUCGCGGUAGCCCACGCUAAGGUGGACGGCACCUUGGUGCUCGAGCGGGUUUUUGCGUCUCCUCACCUGCACUUCUUUCUCAUGCUCUCAUCUGCAGUCAACAUAACUGGUGCCAGUGGACAGGCCAAUUACAAUGCCGGCAAUGCCGUCCAGGAUGCCAUUGCGCAUGAUCGCGGACCUGGUUUCCUGUCGAUGAAUAUUGGUUGGAUCGAGGACGCCAUCAAUACAUCCAAUAAUAAAACCAUACUCCAAGGGCUAUGGCGUACCGGCUUAAGGCCCAUACUUGGACAAGAGCUGUCUCGCUAUUUUGACCAUUUGCUUGGAGCCGCAUCCAGUCACUCGCGUAUGCGUCAAGCCAUUAUUGGCUUCAACGCGGCGUCACUUUCGCAUACAUCAGCUAGCAACAGCAAUGUCCAUUCGGCCAUGUUUUGCCAUAUACGUGGCUCUUUAGCCGCAGAGGAAUCUUCAUCGUCCACGAAUAGUGUACGAUCCUUUGACGAGGUCGUGGAAGGUGGUGACCUUGAUACCAUUAUCGACUUCAUUGGUAGUGCCAUUACUCGUCGGCUCAUGACACUCAUUUCAAUGGAUGAUGACCAGAUCAAGGAUAGGAAUGGCUCCAUUCUAGAUCUCGGUUUAGAUUCACUUGUUGCUAUCGAAUUGCGCAAUUGGAUCACUCGCGAGUUCAAAUCACCCUUACAAUCGUCUGAGAUCCUGACAGACCAGCCCAUACGUGAUCUUGCCGAAAAAGUCGCUUCUCGGUCGUCUUUGCUAGCAUCUGGAUUGGACAAGGAAGCCACUGCAGACAGCUUAGAAAACGGCGAUGCCGAAGAUCAUCAUUCAGCAGGGGCUGUAAGGCCUUCAACAUCAGCACACUCAACUGGUAAAUAUGUUUCAGAAAAGCUGCCGCCUUUGCCUCUACCUCCGCUCUCAGAUACCCUCCGCCUCUUUGAAGACUCUCGACGCGCUAUCGAUACAGCCAACCAUCGCCGCAAUACUAGCGAUGCUGUGCAUAAUUUUCUCAGGGGCCCUGGGCCUAGACUAUAUAAAAGCCUCCAAAAGACAGACUCGGAUGUCAUUGCGGAAACCUACGAUCGCCAAGUGUAUCUAGACCGUCGUGAACCGCUUCCAGAGCAGGGUCCGUUUAUCUUUAUCCAUUCAAUACAAGCCCCCGUACACUCGCAAGCAAGGCGUGCUGCCAUCCUGACUAUAGCCGCCUUCGACUUUAUCCGUCUCUUGGCUCGCGGCGACAUAGCUCCUGAUACGCUCCACGGUGAGCCGAUUACAACGGAAGGACGUAAUUGGCUUUUCUAUGCCACACGUCGACCUGGCCUCGGCGUAGACCAUAUGGAGCGCCAUGCCCCUAACCAUACCGUAGCCGUACUCCGUCGUGGGCAUGUUUUCCAAUUAAGACUUCCAGAUGUCGAGCAAACGCUGGACAUGUUGGCAGUCACGAGAGUCUAUGAUGAUAUUCUUACGGCAUCAUGCGACACCAUUCCGCCCGUUUGCACCCUCACUGCCGACGAACGAGACUCAUGGGCAUUGUUCCGCCUAGACCUUGAACGCCGCCCUCAAAAUGCCGCGGUUCUGGCAUGUAUUGAUACGGCCGCAUUUGUCAUGUGUCUUGAUGAUGAGUCACCUACUAAUUCUGGAGAAAGAUACACGCAAUUUAUGAUUAAUGGGGCGCACCGUCCCUUUGCAAAUCGUUGGCUGGAUAAAACUCUCCAGUUUGCUGUCACUGCCAACGGCAUAUCAGCUGAAAUAUAUGAACAUAGUAAGCUCGACGGUAUAGACACAAAUCGUCUGCAUGCUCAUAUCGCUCGUGCUAUUCUGGCUCACCCACCGAGUGAAACGGCAGACAUUUCGUCUGUUUCCCCACCCUAUGCAGUCCAACAACUCAUGUGGGAACCAAGCUCUGCCACGUUGCAACGUAUUGAACAUGUACGGGCCCAAUGCCAGGUAUAUGGACCUCUCGAUCACCAGGUAUUGGAUGUUGCCAGCCUCGGUUUUCGUUCCCUGCGUGGCUUUCGCUUGCAGCCAAACGCCACUGCACAUCUCACUGUUCUUCUUGCCCUGUAUCUUGUUGACGGAGAAAUUAGGCCGGCCUGGGAAAAGGUGUCUCUCGGGACUUUUGCUCGCGGCCGAGUAGAGUGGGUGCAGACCGUCUCUCCAGCUACGCGCGCCUUUGUAGAGGCGGCGGCAGCUAGCUAUACAGAUUCAAACAACAGGACUCGAGUCCGUGCUUUAUUACACCAGGCCACGUCGACACAUUCGCGUGCCGUGGUCGCAGCAGGUCGCGGCCUCGGUGCUGUGCGAGCUUUAUACGCCCUUCGAGGGGCUGCCCAAGAACAGGACAAAGAACUUCCAGAGCUUUUCAGGACACAUUCCUGGGAUGCCACGCGCCGCGGCGGUCCAGGUCAAGAUGUCAAGCUUGGCUUCAUGCGGCUGGCGCCUAAUGACGAUGCUAACGGCAAUAUCGGGGCCACACCUGGAGAUGAUGAUAUCAACGGCCACUGGGACGAGGCUGGCUUCCUACCUGCUAGACGAUCCCUCGAAGCGUCCUACAUAGUGUAG